AUGGCAAGAGAUCAUGAUAAAAAUCUCGGCAGUCAAGAAAGCGAGCCGUGGCAGGACACAGGCAGCAUAAGGAAAAAGUCAUAUUCCGAAGAGAGUAUGUCAAGGUAUGGGGGUCCGAUGGAUAUGCGAAGUGGGGCUCGGGGAUAUUAUUCCGAUGUGAACCAGAUGCCUUCUAGUAUGGCAGGAAAAAACAGAGAUUCUACCAUAGAUCACGGAUUCCACUCUAGGGGAAUGGCAAGGUCUCCCCCACCCAGAAUUCCGCAUGAGGAUGCAGACCUGAGCGAUGCAAUGAUGUUUCUAAACAAAAUCAAGGAAGAAUACAUGAAUGACAUGGUGACCUAUGACAACUUCUUGGAAACAAUGAGAGAUUUUAAGUUUGGAAAGAUUGAUGCUGAGGAGGUUUGCAGAGCCGUCAGGGUUCUGUUUAGGGAUAAGCCUCAUCUUAUCGAAACAUUCAAUGAUUAUUUGCCGAGCCAUCUGAAGUUUUAUGGGAGCUUACCACAAGGAUCUGGAUCCAGAUUGCAUGAUAGGCCGCCACAGGCUGUAGGAUCUUCUCCACAGUACAGAGGCGGGCCAUGCGUACAUGGAGGUAGGACAUCUCAUCCACAGGCGGAAGUCAGUGGGCCUUCGCAUAUGAAUCCUCAGCGUGGGAUUCAUCAGGGCUACAUAAAUCAGCCCCUCAUUAUGCACUCGUCUGUAAAGGUAUCUGGGCAGAAUGGAAAGCGUAUGCCUUACGACCAAAGAAGAUCUGAGGAGUUUGAGAGAAUGAAGGCAAGGCAGGCACAAGACUUUAUCCAGAGAGUCAAGAAGCGCUAUUCACACAACCCGAGCGUUUAUAGGUCCUUUGUCGAGCUUCUCCAGUCGCAUCAGGUGAAAAGCGGGUUGUUUGAAAAAAUGAAGGCCGAGGUGAACAGUCUGUUGUGGGAAAGCCCUGACCUGUGCGAAGAUUUUGAAAGAAAUUUUGUGCCUAUCAGAAAGCACAUGCCGUCUGACGAAAAAAGUAUUCUUCAAAGGAUCAAGGAGCUUCUGAAAAGCAAGAAUCUCCUGGACGACUUUCUGAAAUGCAUCAACUACUUUAACCAGAAGUUUAUCAACGAGAAGGAUCUGCUGGAAUUGGUAGCUCCUCUUUUGAGAAGUGAGGAGCUUAUCAGGGGAUUCAAGGCUUUUAUCAACUACAAGGAGCCUUUGAGAGAGACACCAAAGAGCCUUGAAAAGUAUAGGAAAGAGGGGUCUUACAGGAUUCUUCCGGAAGAGAUAAAGGAAGGAAAGCAAGACCCGAUAGCCAAGGAGGUACUGAACUUCACAUGUGUAGGAUGCCCCACAUUUGAGUCUGAAGAUUCAAACUAUGUGUUUUUGAAGCGUAAUGUACAUGAAGAAGCAUUGUUCAGGAUUGAGGACGAAAGAUCGGAGGCUGAUCUGGCUAUAGAAAGAAUCCAGCAUCUCAUAAAUGCCCUGGAGCAAAUAAUCGACCUCAACAAGGAUUCGGAGAUCAGCAUGAAGGACAUAAAGAUGUCGCCAGGAAUCAUAAAGGAGAUUCUGAAGAGCAUUUACGAUAAGUCUGCACCAGAAAUACUCGAGGGAAUCUUAAUGAAGCCACACAUAGCAAUCCCGAUUGUAAUUAAAAGACUUUAUAUGGUGAACAAGAAGGUUAGACUUUGCAUGAGAGAAAGACGGAAGAUAUGGAGAGAAGUCAUGGAAAGAAACUAUCACAAGGCAUUGGAUGUCAUGGGACCGUCAUAUAAGUCUUCGGAAAAAAGCAUUUUUACUACGAAGAACAUCGUAGAAACAGGUGAGAGAGGAAUAAGAGUCUCGAUAGAUGACCAAAAGGUAAUGGCGGAUGUUAUGGAUCUCUGCAAGACGUAUAUAAGGGUCAACCAAGCAGAUGGAAAGAAGACGCUUGUAUCCAACAUGGACUCCGUAUUAGAGUCUAUUUUCGAAAAGCUCGGGGCAAACGAGUUCACCAUUGUUUCGGACUUUCCAUUGCUUUGCAUUUUCAGGUUUAUUAUCAUAGUGUACGAAAGGCUUCUGGAAAUCAAGGGUCUGAAUCUGGACGGCUUGUCUGCAGACGACUCUAGCUCGAAGGACGAAUCUGCCUCUAGGUAUGCCAAGGUAAAGAAUCUGUGCCUUGAGUUUGUUAAGAAGAACAUCGAUGGAUAUGCCUUUGAGGAUAGAAUUAGGGAACUUACAGAGUGCAAAGGAUUCAAGCUUUACAACAUAAAGAAGAUGAUCUCGAAGAUAGAAAAGCAGGUUAUAGCCCUGACCGAAAACAAGCAGUCACUCGAUUCACUUUAUGGGGUGCACAGGUUUGAUUCUGGGGAGGGUCUUUACUGCUUUAGAAAAAUCAAGAAUGCUAUUGAAAUCGGAAUGAUGGAACCCGGAAGGAACGAGGAGUGGGACAGUUACGUGGAAAAGUUUAAGGCGCUGACGCCCUGUGAAGACGUAAAGCCAGACGCCCCCUUUCUUCCAAGAACCUGUAAAAAGCCCCCCAUAACAGGGCGCCUGAGACAGAACUUGAAGAUACAACUAAGCCCAGGAACUUAUAAAAUUAAGUACAUUGCUAAGUCAGAGUCUCUAUACAUGAACUCUGCGGCUUCCUCAAAAAGAAAGCAACUUCCUACAAAGUCCCAUUAA